AUGCUCUGCCCUUCUUUUGCCGCCAUCUCAGACCUCAAAGCCCUCACCGCCCUCAUACGAUCUCCUCUUCACUCCACUCAUCUUCCCCAAAUCCUCGCUCGCGUCUUCUGCCUCGGCGCCCAUCAGAACAACUUCCUCGCAACUCUUCUCAUCGGCCGCCUCCGCCUCCCGGAGCAAUCCAUCAACCUCCUCCGCCUCCUUCACCGCCCCAACAUUCUUCCUUUCAAUGCCGCCAUCCGCAUUCUAUCCGAUUCCUCUCCCUCCUCAUCUCUCUCGCUAUUCCUUUCCCUCAAACGCCUCCCCAUAUCCCCCAACGACUUCACCUUCUCCGAACUGUUUCGAGCUUGUUCUCUCUCCAGAAACGCGCUCCAUGUUUUUCAACUCCAUGCUCAAGUUACUAAGUCGAGUUAUAGCUCCGAUCCGUUUGUCUGCAAUGCUCUUCUAUCAGCAUAUGCGAAGGGUGUUGGGCAUCUUUCUUACGCACGCAAGCUGUUUGAUGAAAUGCCUGAUAAAAGCAUGGUCUGUGCAUGGACCUGUUUGAUUGCGGUGUAUGCACGGUCUGGCGCCAUAGAGGAGGCUAUCUUGCUUUUUAUUGAUAUGAUUAAGGGGAAUUUGAUGCCUGAAGAUGACACCAUGGUCAGCAUCCUCUCAGCCUGCUCUGGUAUGGAGAGCGGAAAGGUUGAUUGCUGGUUGAGAAUUCUUGAAGAAUACAGUAGCAGGGAUUCAGCCAUUGUAGUUCUUAUAUACCUCUAUGGGAAACUGGGCAGAGUUGAGGAAAGCAGGGUUCUGUUUGAAAAAACGAGGAAGAGGGAAAAUGGGACUGUGAGUAUUGUGGCUUGGAACACAGUGAUCAGUGUCCAUGUUCAGAAUGGUGAGCCCAUCGAAGCUUUGAAUCUUUUCCUCUGUAUGCUUAACUCUUCUACUCCAAACCCUAAUCAUGUCACCAUUGUCAACAUGCUGUCGGCUUGCGCCAUGGUGGGAGACCUAAAGCUUGGAAAAUGGGCUCAUGAAUAUAUGAAGCAUGGUGUCAGCAAAGGAAUCUUAGAAUCCAACAAGAUCGUCGGGACUGCUUUUAUAGACAUGUACUCAAAAUGUGGGAGCUUGAAGGAGGCGAAACAGAUCUUUGACCGAAUGGCUUCAAAAGAUGUGGUCUCCUUUAACGCCAUGAUCAUGGGUCUUGCCAUGAAUGGUAAAGAAGAGGCUGCUAUGAAACUCUUCUCCGACAUGGAGAAAUCAAAUGUAAAGCCGAAUGAUGGAACUUUUUUGGGAUUAUUAUGUGCAUGCACCCAUUCAGGUAUGGUGGAUCAAGGACGUUUGAUCUUUAAUGAUAUGCAGAAGAAAUAUUUGAUCAGUCCCAAGGUAGAGCACUACGCUUGCUUCACUGAUCUCUUAGCUCGUGCUGAUUUUAUUGAAGAGGCCAUUCAAGUUGUAAGGAGCAUGCCAAUGGAGCCUACUGGUCUUGUGUGGGGAACUUUGCUAGGGGCUUGCUUGGUCCAUUUCAAGGUGGAUGUUGCUCAUGAUUUUGCUCGAAGAUUUCUGAUUGCAGAUUCUGAGAACUCUGCUGGUUAUGUCAUGCUUUCUAAUGCUUAUGCUGUUGAUCAGAAUUGGGAAGAUAUUGAGGAGCUAAGAAGGUUGAUGAAGGUGAGAGGUGUGAGGAAGCAACCGGGCCGUAGUUGGAUUAGCAUUAAUGGGGUUUUGCAUGAGUUCCAAGCUGGAUUCUCUUCGUGUUCUCCAGUGGAGAUGAUAAAUUGUCUGUUGAAUUCCUUGUGUGGGGAACUGAGGUCAUGUUGUUAUUAA